GGUGAUCGAAUCGAAGAGAUGCCUAAGCAAGUGCCAGUGGAGAACUUGGUGAUCCCGCCGCAGGACGGCCGGAUAUGCGGGACGAUUUGCAUCUGCCAGAUGACGGCGGUCCUCUCCUCCGUCGCCCUGGUCUACCUAACCGUGGCCAUCUACAUGCCGAGCACAAGGGCGUUUCAAUCGGGUAUAAGCGAGGUGCCAGUGAUGUGCACGACGAUACGCGCUGUGAACGCGGACAACUGUGAAUGGGGUAGCUGCGGGGAGUGGUGCCUGUCGAAAACGUCCGGCCCGUGCGUCCAGAUCCACGUGAACCUUCGUAGAAACGGUUCCACGAUAUUGUUGGCCAACUGCACCAACACGACGAACAAGACUUGUUACGGGAUCGAUCAGGAGAACGCGAAGAAAUCGAAAUGCAUAGCGGACGAGUGUCGCAAUCUGACAGGCACGUUCAAUUGCUCGUCGGGGGUGUGCAUCAACAUAACGGACGCGUUCGAGUGCAUAUUCCACGACACCGACCCACCGAUGAAGUGCUCGGGUAGACGCGGCAAGAUAACCUGCAUAGACAUAGACGGCCUGUUCAAUUGUAACCGUGGGACGUGCGAGCGUAUCAGGACGCCUUACAACUGCGACCGUAGAUGCGUCGACAUACCGACAAGGAACAAGAACAUGAUCCUGUUGACAGGUGACAAGGUUUAUCUGAGCCAAUGCGAGAGAGCUAUAGACGUGCAGACGAAUCGGGAAAUAUGGCACGAGGAUCGUGGGGACGUGAUGAUGGCUUCGUGUUACGGGAUAUUCAACUCGACCCUCGGUGUCGAGGCUGUCGAUUGCAUCAACGGCUCCGUGUUGGAGAAGGAUCUGCUCACCGACCUCACCAACUUCACCUACCUCUCCUAUCUCAACAUAUUCGCCACGAAACCGUUGGACGAGACAAGGAUGGUCGCGCCCCCUGAACAGGAUCUCAUCAUCGCGAACGAGAGCCGUCUGUUGAUCAAUCUCGAGGGUUGCGUCAACACUUUGAGGGAGGAGUGCAAGGAGUUCCUUCACGAGUAUGGGAAGGAUGGGUCGGAUCAUAACGCGAGAGCUAGAUUCCCUUGCUAUUACGCGGAGAGUAACACGGGGAUCGUUGUUUCCCGUUUCAAUCUGGAGAACACGUACAAGGAGUUCCUGAUCGCGUUGCUGUUGCCCAGCAUCUUGUUCGUGGUCAGUUGCCUGACGUUGAUCUUUUGCCAGAAGACGGUGGUCGUUGGGGACGACGCCAAGAUGAGAUUCAAGGGCACAGUUGGAGCACUUUCGUCCAUGGAGAAGAGCGCUUCGGGUAACCUGGGGGAUGCUGGCGGAGGAAACUCCGCUAUGGCGCUCUGAGAUCCGUCACGCAUUCCCCUCCUGGAGGAGAGUCCGGCUCGUCAGUCGAUAUUCUCCCUGCGCGGGCAUUAUUAAGGUGUGGGGAGGGGGGGAACGCGUGGUUAAAAUUCUCAUCUUGCAAAAAAAUACAAAAACUACAAAGCAUUCCAAUACUUCUGCAAAAAGCGCGAAACUAUCUUUGAACAAAAAAAUCAAGUAAAAAAGAAAAAAAAAGAAAGAAAAGGAGAAGAAGAAAGAGAGAGAGCAAGCGGUCAAGAACAAGUAUCAGAAAAAGAAAAAAAAAAAAGGAAAAAAAAGAAAAAAAGAAAGCAACAAGAUUUUUUCUACUCGCACUGCCUGCACAGAAAAA